UAAUGUUCCUCGGUUCCUUGUGAGUGUUGUGAGCGUGUGACCAAUUUAUAAAUACAAACAGUGAUCGUAGCGUUAAUGCUCAGAAUAAUAAUGACAAUGCGUUGCGUCUGCGUUAUUCGAUUCUUUACUCUACGUCAAAAUAAAUGCAAAAUGGUGUCAAAAAGCAAAAGUCAAAUCGAAAUUUGUUGCACUGCUUGCUUGUUUUCUUUGCUUUGCACAGAAAAUAAGUGGUGUUGUGAUAUUUAAAUCAAUGAACUAAAACGAUAAAUUAAAUUAAAUUCAGUAUAUUUUCAAGAAUCUCGACUAUAUUCAGUAAUAGGUGGAAAUUUGAUUCCUCCAUUGAACGGUGUUUUUUUGUGAUGGUUUGAUUCAAUAACGAGUGUUUGAUUACGUUUAGACUGUAAAGAUGGCUAGCCCAUCUCCUCAAAGCAGCCCCAUGCCUCCACCUCAAGCCCCUAGUCCUAUGGGGCCGCCUACUCAAAGCCCGGCGCCGCCGCCAUCUCCGCAUAGUCCCUAUAACCAGCAACAUGUGAAUGGCCCGCCUCCGAACCAUCCCCCGGGCCCUGGGCAGGCGCCGAUGCCGAACCAUAUGCCGCCAUCUGGUUCGCCGCACUCCAUAGCACCCAACAGUAAUGGGCCUCCUGGGAUGCCACCACAGCACGGUAUGCCGCCGGGUGGUCACCAGAUGCCUCCCCACAUGGGAGGGCCGCACAUGCAAGGCCCCCCUGGACACCCUAUGGGCCCGGGCGGGCCUCACCCUCCUGGACCUAAUGGCCAUCCCAACAUGCCGGGCGGACCACAACACCCAAACAUGCCCGGCCAAGGCCCUCCACAUGGAUACAUGCAACAUCAGAUUGGCCACAUGCCACCUGGACAGGCGCCGCCGCCCAUGGGAGGGGGAGCCGGAGGAGCAGGCCCCGGCAUGCACCUGCCUCCGGGGCACCCGGGCGCUCCCGGCCACCCCGGUGGCCCUGGACACCCGGGCGCUCCUGGUCACCCCGGCGCUCCUGGUCACCCCGGCGCUCCUGGUCACCCGGGUGCUCCUGGACAUCCAGGCGCAUCAGGCCAUCCGGGCGGUCCUGGCCAUCCGGGUGGUCCUGGACAUCCGGGUGCACCAGGCCACCCAGGCGCACCAGGCCAUCCUGGCGCACCGGGUCAUCCGGGCGGGCCGGGCCACCCGGGCGCGCACGGGCUGCCGCCGGCUGCGCCGCCCGCCGCCGCGCCCCCCGCGCCCUCCACCUCCUCGCCCAACCCCGCCGCCGACAACCUCAACGCGCUGCAGCGCGCCAUCGACUCCAUGGAGGAGAAGGGGCUGCAGGAGGACCCGCGCUACUCGCAGCUGCUGGCCCUGCGCGCGCGCUCCAACCCGCAGGACCCCAGCAAGGGACUGUUCUCCAACAACCAACUCAGCCAGCUCAAAGCUCAAAUAGCAGCGUACCGGAGCCUGGCGCGCAACCAGCCGAUCUCGCAGCAGAUAUCGAUGAUGGCGACCGGCAAGCGCACGGGCGAGGCGCCGCCCGAGUGCCCCACGCCGCCCGCGCAGCCGCCGUCGCCGUACGGGCAGGCGGGCGCGGGGGGCGCGGGGGGCAAGCCGGCCGGCGCCGCGGGCGGGGACGCGGCGCGCGGGGGAGGGGGCGCGCCGCCCACGCCGCUACCGAUGACUGCGCAGAUGGCACCGCCCACACAGCCGACGCCGCCGCCGCUGGUUAAUCCGCCGCUAGCAGGUGCCCCGCCUGGCCCGCGCGGCCCGGCGCCCGUGCGCCCGCCCGCCCCCGGCCUCUAUCUAUCUCUAUUACAGCAGCCGGGCGCGCCCACACCAGGCGCCAAGCAGAACCGUCUAACCACGCUCCCCAAGCCGGCGGGCAUCGACCCCCUGGCGGUGUUGAACGAGCGCGAGCACCGCAUCGCGGCCCGCAUCGCGCAUCGCAUGGAGCUUCUCUCCAACCUGCCCGCCAGCAUCUCCGAGGACCUGCGGCUGCAGGCGCAGAUCGAGUUGAGGGCGUUACGGGUGCUGAAUUUCCAGAAGCAACUGCGUGCUGAGAUCCUGAACCAGACGCGGCGCGACACGACGCUCGAGACGGCCGUCAACAUCAAGGCGUACAAGCGCACGAAGCGACAGGGGCUGCGCGAGGCGCGCGCCACAGAGAAGCUGGAGAAGCAACAGAAGCUGGAGGCCGAGCGCAAGCGGCGACAGAAGCACCAGGAGUUCCUGCAGACUGUGCUGCAGCAUGCGAAGGACUUCAAGGAGUACCACCGCAACAACGUGGCGAAGAUGGCGCGCAUGAACAAGGCCAUCAUGAACCACCACGCCAACGCCGAGCGCGAGCAGAAGAAGGAGCAGGAGCGCAUCGAGAAGGAGCGAAUGAGGAGACUGAUGGCAGAAGACGAGGAGGGCUACCGCAAGCUGAUCGACCAGAAGAAAGACAAGCGGCUCGCGUUCCUUCUAUCCCAGACGGACGAGUACAUCGGCAGCCUCACCGAGAUGGUCAAGCUGCACAAGGAGGAGCAGCGCAAGAAGCAGGUGGAAGAGGAGAAGCGGAAACGAAAAUCGCGCAAGAAGAAGCUGCUGGAGGGCGCGGAGAUCGACGCGAUGGACGACAGCUCGCAGGCGUCCGACCAGCGCGUCAGCGUCAUGGACCCCAAGUCCGGCGAGGUGCUGAAAGGCGAGGAGGCGCCGCUGCUGUCGCAGCUCAAGGACUGGAUGGAGUCGCACCCCGGCUGGGAGGUGCUCUCCGACUCCGACGACUCGGGCGACGACAGCCAGGACGAUGACGAUAAGAAGAAAGACAAGCACCGGUCGGACAAGAGCGACCGCGAGAAGACGGAGGAGGAGAAGGCGCGCGAGAUACUCAAGAAGGCCAAGGUCGAGGACGACGAGUACAAAACAGAAGAACAGACUUACUACAGCAUUGCUCACACGGUCCACGAGUCUGUCACGGAACAAGCCAGCAUUCUGGUCAAUGGAAACCUCAAGGAAUACCAAAUUAAGGGUCUGGAAUGGCUGGUGUCGCUGUUCAACAACAACCUGAACGGCAUCCUGGCGGACGAGAUGGGGCUCGGCAAGACCAUCCAGACCAUCGCGCUGGUCACCUACCUCAUGGAGAAGAAGAAGGUCAACGGGCCCUUCCUCAUCAUUGUGCCGCUCAGUACCCUGUCCAACUGGGUGCUGGAGUUCGAGAAGUGGGCGCCGACGGUGUCGGUGGUGUCGUACAAGGGCUCCCCGCAGUCGCGCCGCAUCGUGCAGAACCAGAUGCGCGCCGCCAAGUUCAACGUGCUGUUGACUACCUACGAGUAUGUGAUCAAGGACAAGGGCGUGCUGGCUAAGGUGCACUGGAAGUACAUGAUAAUCGACGAGGGUCACCGCAUGAAGAACCACCACUGCAAGCUGACCCAAGUCCUCAACACGCACUACAUCGCGCCGCACCGACUAUUACUCACGGGCACGCCGCUGCAGAACAAGCUGCCUGAGUUAUGGGCACUGCUGAAUUUCCUGCUGCCGUCUAUAUUCAAGAGUUGCUCGACUUUCGAGCAGUGGUUCAACGCGCCGUUCGCUACUACGGGAGAGAAGGUGGAACUAAACGAGGAGGAGACGAUCCUGAUCAUCCGGCGUCUGCACAAGGUGCUGCGUCCCUUCCUGCUGCGGCGGCUCAAGAAGGAGGUGGAGAGCCAGCUGCCCGACAAGGUGGAGUACAUCAUCAAGUGCGACAUGAGCGGGCUGCAGCGCGUGCUCUACAAACACAUGCAGUCGAAGGGCGUGCUGCUCACGGACGGCUCGGAGAAGGGCAACAAGGGCAAGGGCGGUGCGAAGGCGCUCAUGAACACUAUAGUACAGCUGCGCAAGCUGUGCAACCACCCCUUCAUGUUCCAGCACAUCGAGGAGAAGUUCUGCGACCACGUCGGCUCCGGUGGCGGCGUUGUGCAGGGUCCGGACCUGUACCGCGCGUCCGGCAAGUUCGAGCUACUAGACCGCAUCCUGCCCAAGCUGAACCGCACCGGCCACCGCGUGCUCAUGUUCUGUCAGAUGACGCAGUGCAUGACCAUCAUCGAGGAUUAUUUGAGCUGGAGGGGAUUCCAGUACUUGCGUCUGGACGGUAUGACGAAGGCGGAGGACCGUGGCGAGCUGCUGAAGAAGUUCAACGACCCCAACUCGGAGUACUUCGUGUUCCUGCUGUCGACGCGCGCCGGCGGGCUGGGGCUCAACCUGCAGAGCGCCGACACCGUCAUCAUCUUCGACUCCGACUGGAACCCGCACCAGGACUUGCAAGCGCAGGACCGCGCGCACCGCAUCGGGCAGCGCAACGAGGUGCGCGUGCUGCGGCUCAUGACCGUCAACUCCGUGGAGGAGCGCAUCCUCGCCGCCGCCAGAUACAAGUUGAACAUGGACGAGAAGGUGAUCCAGGCGGGCAUGUUCGACCAGAAGUCCACCGGCUCCGAGCGCCAGCAGUUCCUGCAGAGCAUCCUGCACCAGGACGGCGACGACGAGGAGGAAGAGAACGAGCUGCCAGACGACGACCUCAUCAACGAGAUGAUCGCGCGCAGCGAGGAGGAGAUGGAGCUGUUCAAGCAGAUCGACCUCGAGCGCAAGAAGACGGAGACUCAGGCCCGAUUAAUACAGGAGAGUGAACUACCCGACUGGCUGGUCAAGGAGGAUGAUGAGGUCGUGUGUAAUAAGGGUCAAAGCUGGAACUACCUGGAAGAGGACGAGGUGCUGGGCCGCGGCUCCCGUCAGCGCAAGGAGGUGGACUACACGGACUCGGUCACGGAGAAGGAGUGGCUCAAGGCCAUCGACGACGAGUUCGACGAGGAAGAGGAAGAUGAUGACGACGAUGAGGUGCUGGACAAGAAGCGGAAGAAGGGGAAGAAGAGACGUCGCAACGAGGAGUCGGAGGAGGAGGAGGCACCGAGCUCGUCCAAGAAGAAGAGCAAGACCGAGGUGAACCUGCUGAAGAAGCGACUCAAGAGCAUCAUGAAGAAGAUCAUCAACUUCGCCGACGAGAACGCGCGCGUUCUGUCCGAGCCGUUCAUGAAGCUGCCGUCGAAGCGCGAGCUGCCCGACUACUACGACGUCAUCAAGAAGCCCAUCGACAUCAAGAAGAUCAUGAACAGGAUCGAGGACAGCAAGUACAACGACAUCGGCGACCUGGAGCGCGACUUCUUCACGCUGUGCGCCAACGCGCAGACGUACAACGAGGACACGUCGCUGAUCUACGCGGACUCUGUGCGCCUGCGCAACCUCUUCAUAGAGAUGCGCCGCCGCUACGACAGCGGGCAGAACUCGGAUGAGUCUGAUGAUAAAGAAGAGGAGGAAGACUCGGACGGCGAGUCGAACCGGUCCGUGAAGAUGAAGAUCAAGCUGAAGGGCAAGGGCAAGGGCACGCCGGCGCGCAAGCGCAAGCCGCGCAAGUACGUCUCCGACGACGACGACUACGAAGACGAUUAGAUUAUAUUCUACAUUACCUAUAUUAGCUAAGACAUUUUCUGAACAUUUAAUGUAUUUUAUAUUUAGUCGCGCAAUGAGCGAGUUAGGAAUGGUUUAUAAUUCAUAAAUGAGUUGUGCUGUCCAGUGCCGAACAGAUUCCGUACAGCGAUAGGACGUAUGUAGGUAACUACUCGGUUUGGUAUUAAUUAGUAAAGUUUUAUUACCUAUGACAACUUUCUUAUUAGAACUGUCCAUUUACGGGAUAACCAGAUUUUUUAAAUCAAGAUAAACAUUGGCAAGUUUUUCACCUAUAUGUGUUUUUUAUAACUUGAACUAACGAAUACUAGUUUUAAGAAUAGGUUAGACGUUAAGUAUAACACUCACUUCAUAAAUUAUUUCUGAGAAUUUAAUAUUAUCCUUGAAAUAUUAUUAGAUGUUGAUAUUUCUCAUUCAAUUAUCCAUAGCUUUUCAGACAUUACAAAUUCAUAAUACAAUUAUUAGUGUUUCCUGAUAAGUAUCCAAUUUAUAUUUUAUGUGUUUAGAUGACAUACUUACAUAAAUAGUAUACUAUAAAAAUCUAUAAAAUC